AUGUCGUUCCGCUAUACUUCGCGGAUAUUACGGUCACAAAGGCUUUCGAGCCUACAAACACGCCUCAAUGGGUCGAGAAAUGCUGCAAACACACCAUGGCAGACAUGUCGUGGUGUUGCUUCGACGCCUACGGCUGAGAAAGUGCUUUUCCCUGGAGCUCUGAACAGCGAGUUCACAAACACCAUGGAGUUCAUGCAACCAGCCCAAGCCCAAGCGAUAUCGACGUACCGUGUCAUGAACCAGUAUGGAGAGAUAAUAGACAAAGAGAUUGGUGUAGAGACUUCAGACGAGGAGGCUCUAUCGCUAUACAAGAACAUGGUCAAGCUGAGCAUAAUGGAUCUCUUGAUGUUCGAAGCGCAACGCCAAGGGAGGCUGUCAUUCUACAUGGUCUCUGCAGGCGAAGAAGGCAUAGCCAUCGGCUCCGCGAGCGCCCUCUCCCCCGCCGACGUUAUCUUCUGCCAAUAUCGCGAAUCGGGCGUCUACCUCCAGCGCGGCUUCACCCUCUCCUCGUUCAUGAACCAACUCUUCGCAAACGCAAAAGACAAUGGUCUCGGACGAAACAUGCCCGUCCACUACGGAAGCAAAGAGCUCAACAUCCAUACCAUUAGUUCAACAUUGGCGACGCAGAUACCGCAUGCAGCAGGCGCUGCCUAUGCCCUCAAGAUGCAAAACAUCCAGAACCCAGAAACCGAACCACGAGUAGCAGUAUGUUACUUUGGUGAAGGUGCAGCCAGCGAAGGAGACUUCCACGCCGCCCUCAACAUCGCAGCUACCCGCCAAGUACCCUGUAUCUUCAUCUGCCGCAACAACGGCUACGCCAUCUCCACACCCACAUCCGACCAAUACCGCGGUGAUGGAAUCGCCUCUCGCGGCGCAGGCUACGGCAUCGCAACCCUCCGCGUGGACGGCAACGACAUCUUCGCCGUCCGCCGCGCAACAGCCGAAGCACGCCGUCUUGCUCUCCACGACGGCGGUCGACCCGUUCUUAUAGAAAUGAUGGCUUACCGCGUCGGCCACCACAGCACAUCAGACGACUCCUUCGCCUACCGUCAACGCGUCGAGGUCGAGGACUGGAAACGCCGUGACAACCCCAUCACGCGUCUGAGGAAGUGGCUUGAAGGAAAGGAGCUAUGGGAUGAUAGCAAGGAAAAGGAACUUAGGGGUUCGGUCAGGAAAGAAGUACUCAGGGCGUUUGAAGAAGCCGAAAAAGAGAAGAAACCUAGUAUUAAAAAUGCGUUUGAGGGUGUGUGGGAGGAGUUGACGGAAGAGCAGAGGGCGCAUAUUGAAGAGCUGAAGGAUAUCUUGGUUAGAUAUCCCAAGGAGUACGACCUUGGUUCGUUUGAAGGUGGGUUGAAGGGCUUGGAUGAUUUGCUCGAGACGAAGAAAAAAUAG